UCCCCCCGUCCUUCCCCCGAGCACAAGCCCCAUGCAAACCCAUGCGCUCGUCCACGUCCUUCCACGACGCAGCACAGUCCUUGGCUUCGCUCAUCGAGCGCGCUGUCUCCGACCGCGCGCCCCGUUUUGGCCGGGCCACUCACGCGCAAAUCAUCAAACACCUCUCGCCCCCUCCUCUUCCUUCCUUCCUCUCCAACCAUCUCAUCAACAUGUACUCCAAGCUCGACCUCCCCGGCUCCGCCUCCCGCCUCCUCUCUCUCGACCCCUCCCCCUCUGUCGUCUCCUGGACCGCCCUCAUCUCAGGCCACGCUCAGCACUCCCGGCCUCUCCCCGCUUUCCUUUCCUUCAUCUCCAUGCUCCGCUCCGCCGUGCCUCCUAACGACUUCACUCUCCCCUCCGUCUUCAAGGCCGCCGCCUCCUUCUCCUCCCCUCUUGCCGGAGUUCAGAUCCAUUGUCUAUCCAUCAAGCUCGGUUUUCUCCCCGCUGACCUCUUCGUCUCCUCCUCCGCCCUCGAUAUGUACUUGAAAACCGGCUUGCGCCAAGACGCACACAAGCUGUUCGACGAAAUGCCUUUCAGAAAUGAAGUCUCUUGGAACUCCAUUAUGACCAACUCCAUCCUUGAUGGUCGCCCGGACGAUGCAAUUCGAACCUUUGUUGCCUUCCGUCUGUCCGGCGGCGGGGUUAACACCGUUGCGCUUUGCGCCUUCUUGAACGCCUGCGCUGGUGCGACCUAUGUUUGGCCUGGUGUCCAACUCCAUGGGCUUGUUAUUCGGUCUGGUUUCGAUUCGGAUGUAUCUGUAGGCAAUGGAAUUAUUGAUUUCUAUGGGAAAUGUCAUUGGGUGCCUGAGGCCCGAAAGUUGUUUGAUGAAAUGCCUGUGAAGAAUGAUGUGUCCUGGUGCUCUAUGAUUGUGGUAUAUGCACAGAAUGGGAUGGAGGAGGAAGCAUUUCAAGUGUAUUUGAGUGCAAGGAGAGAUGGGAUGGAACCGACAGAUUAUAUGGUGUCGAGUAUUCUUAGCACUUGUGCAGGGCUUGCAGGACUUGAUCUUGGACGGUCUGUCCAUGCGGUGGCUUUUCGGGCGUGUAUUGAUGGGAAUGUAUUUGUUGGUAGUGCUUUGGUGGAUAUGUAUGGGAAGUGUGGGAGUAUAAUGGAUGCCCAGCAGGCAUUUGAAGAGAUGUUGGUGCGGAACAUUGUUACUUGGAAUGCAAUUAUUGGAGGUUAUGCACAAAAUGGUGAUGCUGAAAUGGCGCUUGCAGUGUUUGAUGAGAUGAUGAGAGAAGGUGAAGUGAAGCCUAAUUAUGUAACUCUUGUUAGUGUUAUCUCGUCAUGUGCGAGAGCAGGGUUAGCAGAUGUAGGACUGGAGAUUUUUAAGACAAUGAAGGAGAAGUACGGGAUUGAGCCACGUACGGAGCAUUAUGCUUGUGUUGUGGAUUUGCUUGGUCGAGCAGGGAGGGAAGAACGUGCAUAUGAGCUCAUCAAGGAGAUGCCGAUGGGGCCAUCAAUAUCUAUUUGGGGUGCACUCCUUGGUGCUUGCAAGUUGCAUGGGAAAACUGAACUAGGAAGAAUUGCAGCAGAGAAGUUGUUUGAACUUGAUCCUCAAGAUUCAGGAAAUCAUGUGCUGCUGUCCAACCUGUUUGCUUCUGCUGGCAGGUGGGAGGAAGCAACUGAGGUGAGGAAAGAGAUGAAAGAAGUGGGGAUCAAGAAGGGUCCGGGAUGCAGUUGGAUCACUUGGAAGAAUGUUGUUCAUGUUUUCCAGGCAAAAGACACAACACAUGAGAGGAAUGAAGAGAUUCAGGCAAUGCUGGCUGAGCUUCGGAGAGAGAUGCAGGCAGCUGGAUACACACCUGACACAAAGUACGCACUUUAUGAUUUAGAAGAGGAAGAAAAAGAGUCUGAGGUAUUCCAGCACAGUGAGAAGCUUGCUCUGGCCUUCGGGCUCUUAUGUUUCCCUCCCGGGAUUCCCAUAAGAAUAACAAAGAACCUCCGAGUCUGUGGGGAUUGUCAUAGUGCUAUCAAAUUCAUCUCUGGUAUUGUCCGAAGGGAGAUCAUUGUGAGGGAUAAUAACAGGUUUCAUCAUUUCAGAGACGGCAAGUGUUCAUGCAGAGAUUAUUGGUGAUUUGAAAGAGUAAUCUUUGGGAUGGCUACUCGCACACCAUAUGCCUUUGUUUUACAUGCAACUUGCUGUUCAGUCCUGUGACACAGAAUAUCACUCAGAAUUAACCGUUUUUGAGGUUAACAUGCUACUUGAAAAAAGUCUGGAAUGUCAAGGGUUACCUCUGAAGACUGAUUAGUAACUCUAAUAUUGGGGUUCAACUCUAAGAAUGAAUGACUGAUUGAUCGCAUCGCCGAAGACUUGCAAAAGCACAAGGUGGCGAGUAUAAGUCUGGAUUCAGAGUAUUUUACUUGACAAGGUAAUUAAUCAUGUGAAAGCUAUUAUCAUGCCCUGAACACAGUCUACCGAGUCUGGUACGUUGACAAACGGUCACAUACUGAUAAGCAGUGGUGGACCCAGGAAUUUGGUCCUACUCGGGCUUAAAUAAAAGUCAAUGUUCGAUAUUAAUUACAAAAUGCACGGACAAA